AUGCCACGAAAGAAUGUUGCCCCUUUGCCUGUGAAUAUCCCUGGAGCUGGACGUGGUCAAGUCUACCUCCAGGACCUGUUUGAUCAUGCCCUCAGGCUGUCUUAUAACAUCAGUGAACUCAAUAGGGAAAUGCGCAAGAUGUUUAUGUUGGACUUGUACAAGAAUGAGAAGACUAUGUCCAAGAUGUUGGACAGCUGCCGUGCAGUCCCUGUCAACAUUCCACAAACAAUACAGGAAGCCCGAAAGUUAGCAGUGAGUCCUCAGUUUUCAUUGAAACAGUUGAAGCUGUGCCCUGGCUUUGCCAUACUGGAGCUUUUUAAACUUGAAGACUUUCUGGAAAUAACACUGAAUCUAAUGGGAACCUGGAAUGAUCCUUUGCACUACCAAGUGGCCAAACUCACUGGUAUGCCAGAAGCCAAUGAUGCUAUCCUGUCCACAGCAAAAGAUAUUGAGGCCCAAAACAAAGAGCUUCUAAAACUCAUCAAAUGGAUACUCAAUGUGGUUCAUCCGGGAAUUGAAAAUGAAGACUAUGCUCAGUGGUCAGAUCUGAAAUCUUUGCAGGCAUGUGAUGAAAAAACUUGCCCCUCUGCUUUAUUUAAAUUGUCCUUUUGCUUGGAGACUGACACAAAGAAGGUCGAUCUUAAUCUCAAAUACUUGAUAUGUUCCUUUGUUGGUGGCAAUACCUGCUCAUCUUCAAAGUUGAAAAAUGAUUUCUAUGACCCAGUCUUUUGA